AUUGGACCCUGCGGGUGACAUGGGUUAUCGUUGACUUCACCUCGUUAACGAACUUUAUUCCUGGUAAUUUACAUCAUUUUGUACGCUGAGCUUUUACAUCGUCGUUUAACACCUGGCGAGUGUGAAAUCAGGGAACCUGUAAUCUGUCACCACACGUCUGAUUCACAGCGAUGUCCGCUUCUGGCUUUUACCAUCAAAUCAACGCUUCUUAAAGAAACUCCAUGUAAAGUCGUGUCAGAGAACUUCCGCUUGCAGACAGGAAGUGGCUUUGAUGAAGUGCGUCUGACCUGGAGACUAAACAUGGAAAUAUAAGAGCUCGGCAGCCGGUCACAUGCUGUUUCAUCGGUCAGGAAGAGCAAAACACCAUCACCUAUGUUUGGAGUGCUCUCGGCGCUUCUGCUGGUGUGUGUGUGUGGGGUGUGUGUGCGCGGGAGCGAGGAUUUACCGAGAGACUUCGGAGUGAAACUGUGCGGCCGCGAGUUCAUCAGAGCCGUGAUCUUCACCUGCGGAGGCUCCCGGUGGAGGAGGAGCGCCUCUCAGCCCGGUCAGCUGCUGCUGGACAGAGAUGAAGAGCUCAGGCCGUCUCUCUCAGAUCUGCUGUCUGUUCUGAGCGACCAGAAGAGAGAAACCGGCGACCGGCGGAGGCGGAACUUCUCUCUGGGACUGGCGGGAAUGUGCUGCAAUCAGGGCUGCACUAAAAAUGACAUCGGCCGCCUGUGCUGAUGAUGAUGAUGAUGAUGAUGAUGAAGGACUCACUGAUGAAGAGCUGAACUGAUAGAUCGUCCCAGUGCUUCAUUUGUAUUUAUUUAUUUCACAUCUGUUCAUAUGACCACAUGAAUAAACGUCAACUUCUUGAUUGCAUCUUUCAUAUUUACUG